UGAGUGAUAGCUAGCUUGAGCGGCUUCGGUAGACUCCCGUAAGCCACACAAAACUCUUCGCGACGGCGAGCUUUAUCGGUGGGAAUUGGGAAAACAAAUGAUCCCGGACCGGUGCCGCGAAUAUUUACUAACGCUACGCUGUCGCGAUAUUAAUAUCAAUUUGCGGUGAGUUAGAAGCUACUGCGCUAUCUUGCUAGCUGCAGACAUUAUAACAAAUAUGGACUAUGGAUGUUAUUCUAAAGAACGGGUGUGAAUGUUUUCCCUCAAGGAGGGGUUAAGGAAAAAUAUAUGUCUUUUUCUGUUCCUUCAUUUCCAUACACGAAAAACAAGAAACAGACCGACGGUUGCUAUGGAGAAGUUGCGGCUGUCAAGCUGGGAGUAGGCCUGAGCUUCGGACUGGAGUUGUUGGGAAAGGCUCGGGGAAGUUGGAACAGUGGGGAUCAACCACUGGGAAAAGACGACAGUGAAAUGGCACUUUAGGGGAUGCUGUUGAGGACUGGGCGACGAUGCUGGAUGUCUGAAAAAGGAAGGGAUCUCUUCCUUCACCCAUACCAAUACUACAGCCAUUAAUCGAAGGAGACGAACGUGCGUUUUGGUUGAAUUCAAAGGAUUCUGGGAAGGUGUGAGCCAUGCCCCCGAGGCCGUCAUCCGGAGAGCUAUGGGGCAUCCACUUGAUGCCCCCUCGGAUUUUGGUGGACUGCCUUUUGCCGAACGGGAUGAUCCUGACCCUGGAGUGCCUCCGCGAGGCCACCCUCAUCACCAUUAAGCACGAGCUCUUUAAGGAGGCCAGGAAGUACCCCCUGCACCACCUCCUGCAGGAGGAGACCUCCUACAUCUUCGUCAGUGUUACGCAGGAGGCUGAAAGGGAGGAGUUCUAUGACGAAACCAGGAGACUUUGCGAUCUCAGGCUUUUUCAGCCCUUCCUAAAAGUCAUCGAACCCGUCGGCAACAGGGAAGAGAAAAUUCUCAACCGAGAAAUCGGUUUCGCGAUCGGCAUGCCCGUGUGCGAGUUUGACCUGGUGAAGGAUCCGGAAGUGCAAGACUUCCGCAGGAACGUCCUGAACGUCUGCAAGGAGUCUGUGGACCUGAGAGAUGCCAGCGGGCCCCACAGCCGGGCGCUCUACGUCUAUCCCCCCAACGUGGAAUCCUCAGCAGAGCUCCCCAAGCACAUCCAUAGCAAACUGGACAAAGGGCAAAUAAUCGUAGUGAUCUGGGUCAUCGUGUCGCCGAACAACGACAAGCAGAAGUACACCCUGAAGAUCAACCACGACUGCGUCCCUGAACACGUCAUCGCCGAGGCCAUCCGGAAGAAGACCCGGAGCAUGCUGCUCUCCCCGGAGCAGCUGAAGAUGUGCGUGCAGGAGUACCAGGGCAAGUACAUCCUCAAAGUGUGUGGCUGCGACGAAUACCUCCUGGAGAAGUCCCCGCUGAGUCAGUACAAGUAUGUUAGAAGCUGCAUCAUGCUGGGCCGGAUGCCCAACCUCAUGCUCAUGGCCAAGGAGAGCCUGUACUCACAGCUGCCCAUGGACAACUUCACCAUGCCCUCGUACGCCCGGCGCAUUUCCACCGCCACGCCCUACAUGAACGGGGAGGGCUCGGCCAAAUCCCUGUGGACCAUCAACGGCACGCUGAGGAUCCGGGUUCUGUGCGCCACCUACGUCAAUGUGAACAUCCGGGAUAUCGACAAGAUCUAUGUCCGGACGGGGAUAUACCACGGUGGGGAGCAGCUGUGUGAUAACGUCAACACUCAGCGCGUGCCUUGUUCCAAUCCCAGGUGGAAUGAAUGGCUGAACUACGACAUGUACAUUCCCGACAUCCCCCGUGCCGCUCGCCUGUGCCUAUCCAUCUGCUCUGUGAAAGGGAGGAAGGGGGCGAAAGAGGAACACUGUCCGCUGGCCUGGGGGAAUGUGAACCUUUUUGACUACACCCACACCCUGGUCUCGGGGAAGAUGGCCCUCAACCUGUGGCCUGUACCACAUGGUCUGGAAGACCUUCUCAACCCCAUCGGAGUCACAGGGUCCAAUCCUAACAAGGAAACGCCCUGCUUGGAGAUGGAGUUCGACUAUUUCAGCAGUCCCGUGAAGUUCCCCGACAUGGCCGUCAUCGAGGAUCAUGCCAACUGGACCAUAUCCAGAGAACUGGGCUUCAAUUACUGCCACACUGGCCUGAGUAACAGACUGGCGCGGGACAACCCCCUGACGGACAACGACAACGAGCAGCUGCGCCUGGUCUGUAACCGAGACCCUCUCUCUGAGGUGACUGAGCAGGAGAAGGACUUCCUGUGGCGCCACAGGCACUAUUGUGUAAAUAUACCAGAAAUUUUGCCUAAGAUUCUCUUGGCGGUCAAGUGGAACUCAAGAGAUGAAGUAGCACAGAUGUAUUGCCUUCUGAAGGACUGGCCAGCCAUAAAGCCAGAACAAGCCAUGGAGUUGCUAGACUGCAACUUCCCAGAUCCCAUGAUCCGGGACUUCGCUGUCAGGUGCCUUGAGAAAUAUUUGACGGACGACAAGCUCUCCCAGUACCUCAUUCAAUUGGUCCAGGUUCUCAAAUAUGAGCAGUACCUCGAUAACCCACUGGUGCGCUUCUUGCUGAAGAAGGCUUUGACUAACCAGAGAAUAGGACAUUUCUUUUUUUGGCAUCUAAAGUCCGAGAUGCACAACAAAACAGUGAGCCAGCGAUUUGGGCUGCUGUUGGAGUCAUACUGCCGGGCGUGCGGCAUGUACCUGAAGCACCUGAGCAGGCAGGUGGAAGCCAUGGAGAAGCUCAUCAACCUCACGGACAUCCUCAAGCAGGAAAAGAAGGAUGAAACGCAGAAGGUCCAAAUGAAGUUUCUGGUGGAACAGAUGAGGAGGCCGGACUACAUGGACGCCCUUCAGAACUUCACCUCCCCGCUCAACCCUGCACAUCAGCUGGGCAACCUCAGACUCGAGGAUUGCAGGAUAAUGUCGUCCGCCAAACGCCCGCUGUGGCUGAACUGGGAGAACCCUGACAUCAUGUCUGAGCUCCUUUUCCAGAACAACGAGAUCAUUUUCAAGAACGGAGACGAUUUACGGCAAGACAUGCUGACCCUGCAGAUCAUUAGGAUAAUGGAAAACAUCUGGCAGAACCAGGGUCUUGAUCUGAGGAUGCUGCCGUAUGGGUGUCUUUCCAUCGGGGACUGCGUGGGCCUCAUCGAGGUGGUGAGGAACUCCCACACCAUCAUGCAGAUCCAGUGCAAGGGCGGCCUGAAGGGGGCGCUGCAGUUCAACAGCCACACCCUCCACCAGUGGCUCAAGGACAAGAACAAGGGGGAGAUGUACGAUCUAGCCAUCGAUUUGUUUACACGGUCCUGUGCUGGCUACUGUGUGGCCACUUUCAUUCUGGGGAUUGGGGACAGGCACAACAGCAACAUCAUGGUGAAGGACGACGGGCAGCUGUUUCACAUAGAUUUCGGCCAUUUCCUUGAUCACAAGAAGAAGAAGUUUGGUUACAAACGAGAGCGGGUUCCCUUCGUCCUGACCCAGGACUUCCUGCUCGUCAUCAGCAAAGGAACGCAGGAGUGCACUAAGACUCGGGAAUUUGAAAGGUUCCAGGAAAUGUGCUACAAGGCCUACCUGGCCAUCCGCCAGCACGCCAACCUCUUCAUCAACCUCUUCUCCAUGAUGUUGGGCUCGGGCAUGCCAGAGCUGCAGUCGUUCGACGACAUCGCCUACAUCCGCAAAACUCUAGCACUGGACAAAACGGAGCAGGAGGCCCUGGACUACUUCAUGAAGCAGAUGAACGACGCCCACCACGGCGGCUGGACCACCAAAAUGGACUGGAUCUUCCAUACCAUCCGGCAGCAUGCUUUGAACUGAGGGAACCGCCAACCUCGCCAACAGCAAGGGGGGGUCCCGACAAAUCUAUAAAGGUCUCGACAAUCUCCGGCGUCCUUCAAAACCUUUCGUCGUCUCCAAAAACAUGCCUCUUGGCAACGGUUGCCGGGUUCACCUGUGGUUUUUGUUGAUAAGGGUUUAUAAUUUCUUCAUUUCCUUCCCUCUAUCACCCACUGUGGUCUUGUCCUCUCUAGGAGGCAACUGAGAGCUACUGUCCUCGAUGGCCUUUGUAAGAAAAUACCUUUUUUACAUUUUCUUUUUCAUUUCAUUUUAAUUUUUUUGCUCUGGCAGUGUAAACGUCUUCCUCUAACUAUUAUGCCUUUAAGUGUGCACAGAACAUUGAGAACUCCUGAGCAAAGCAGGGUAUAACGUUUUUCCGUUGCGUUGAGCUGUUUCCGCGAAAUAUAGUCGUCUGUCCUGUAAAACGAGGGCUUCUGUACCAUUGCGGGGCAGCGCGCAAACUUUGCCCGGCGACACUACCCUGACACCCGGGUGAUGUUUGGAGAAACCGUUCUAGCGUUUUCUCCUCAAGUACAGGAGAAUCACAAGGAGAUGUCAUGUUUGUCAGAUCAUACACGGCAACAGACAUUUAGAGGUAACCAAAAUGACCAAAAUGUUGUGUAAAGGUCAAGAAAAAUAAGGUAUCAAUCUUUCACUCAGGCUUUCGCUGCAAGAGCUCUGUCAUGAAUACGAUUGCAAGCCCCAUUCUAACGUGGCAUUUGAGGCCUUUACUCUGUCUGUUAUUCAGUUGAGUUCAUCACUGCUGCAGUGUUCAUAGAAAUGUACUUGUUUUUUUGUUUUUUUUGUCAAGCCCCCAUUCAUGUCGUUGUAGUAAACGUGCAAAAAGAGAGAAAGAUGGAUGAGCUUACUGAAGCACUUUGACUGAUGUUGUUUAUUAAGGGUUAGAGAAGGACUGUUCAGCUAUGUUGAAUGUCGGUUCAAGUGUGUUGUUGUGAACCUGACGCCGGUGCUACCUUGGUGGUGUAAUGGAGCUGCUGAAAGGUGUUGAGAUGUCUGACACGGCGAAAACUGACAAAGAAGCGCAGAAUGCCUGGCUUUUAUUGGACGAGAUCUAGAGGAAUGUCCGCAGCAGAAAUUGAUUUCAUUUGUUCAUGUAACGGAAAGUUCCGUUUAGGGCCCAAAGUAUUCGGAGUACUGAGAGUUUUUGACAGAAAGGUUUGUGCUUUGGAACUUAUAUUAUAAACAUGGUGUUUCAUAUUUUUACCUUUUCCCUUCCAAAAACAGCUAAUACUGCCUCAUAAGUCCCCUAUUUAGUCAUCAUGUCAUCAUGGAGUGAAAAGAACAUGGACAACGGACUGAAUGCCAUGCUUUCUUUCACCUUGUUGUGUCUUCAUCGCUGGCAAACUGCCCUGUGAAUCACGUCUGGUAGGAGCCACCAUAGUUAUUUAGGCCGGGAUUUAGACUGAUGGUUUUACGCUUACCAUUUUGUUCUAGCAUUCUUUCAAGUUUUCCAACUUGCGUGACCAUUUUGGUUAUUUUUCAUUACGUGUCAGGAAUAUAGUGUAGUGUAAUGUAAUGAUUCAGUAAUGGAAUUUGCAUCCAGAAGAUUGCCGGAUUGAAUCCUUUGCAGGGUGUUGGCAUUCGGACCUCAAUACUGCAAUACGUAAUUGUUUUGGAUUCAAAUACCUUCUGGUCUGCUUGGUUGGCUCAGUUGCAGCAGACAAGAUCAAUCGAACACGGAAACAAAUAUUUUGAAACAAAAUUAUUAUGUAUUUGACGAAUACAUAAUAAUGUAUUCAUUAUACCUUUGAUUACAGUGCUCAACCUGAUUUGCUUCUGUGACAUCCAAUUCCAUGAACGGAUAUAUACAAUUGUAGAUGAGUAAGAUUUCCUGAAUGAGGUUGUCUGGCAUGCAUAUCGUUUCAGCAUCUGCCAAGCUCGGCGUAGUGCAAGCAGCACAAAAAUGGACAGUUCAUUUCGGAAAUAUCUGUACGAAGCAUUAUUUUUGAUUGAAAUUGGCCUUCAGUCUCUGCAUAUGCGCAGAGAUAGUCUGAGUGGACUUGUCAUUACACCAAAGUUUCCUUUCCAUUUGCCGCAAGGACCUGGUGCUCCCAGAAUAGACACGUAACAUUCAGCUGCAUAAACAUUCUAAAUUACCCUCAGGAGUACAUAAAACGGAAAUGACAGAAAGCUGCAACUGACUCAUAAAUGCCACUCAGCUUACUCGUAGAAUAAUAUUCGAGAGGCUUGUCUGAGAAACAGAGCGGUGUGAGAAAUAAUUCCGUAAUUCAGCACAUGAACUGAUUACCUUUAACUAAGCAUUAAAUUAAUUUGCUGCUUUUUUUCCUUCGAGGAAUAAGAUCUAGGAUCCAUCUUGGGUUCCUAGAGCCUUUCACGUAAUUCAAACCUGAGAAAACAAACUUGAGAAGGAACAGAACUUUCCAAAACAAAGGAAACUAUUUUCUAUUUGAAUUUUUGUUUCUCUUUCAUCGAAUUGUGUGAACAGUUCCUUUAGUUUAUUGCAGAGAAACAAGAAAUUCCAACAGACCGCAGUACCGGGGUUGGGGACCGCUUUUGUAAUAGCCAGUGCUAUGACCUCACGGAUUGGGUUAAAAAGGGUCUUGUGCCUUUUAACGCAAGUGAAAAUGCCGUUCCCAACAGCUGGGAUGAUCGACUUACUGCACGUUUUUUCCACGAAGUAUUUUUCUUUUAUCAUGUUUGGUGUAAGGAAUGCUUCUAGUAGCAAUUAUGUUCUCUGGUAGUGAAUAUUCUGGUUAUAUAAUUGAGUAGCCCAUUACCUCUUCCCAUUUGGAUAGGAAUACAUGGAACAAAGGCGAUUAUUUAUUUUUAAAGGCUCUAUUAUCAAAACUGUCAACUUUACUAAGACGGGAAAAAUAAAUACUACAAAGACCCUCUUGAGAAAAUAAACAAUUUGAGACUUGAAUGUUUCUAUACAUAUAAUUUAUUAUUGAAUAUAUUUGCAUUUAGCUGCUGUGGCUGAGCAUUAGAAAAUUAUGUUAUGGGCACUUUAACAUGAAUAAUGUAUUGCCGUAUUUAGUCUGGUUUGUUUCAAUAGGUUGGUUCACCCUAUCCAUCAUGCCUCUUAAUGCAGAAUGGACAACCUCCAGAAAAUCUUCAGGUUGAAACAUGAAAUAUGUGGGUACUCUAUAGGCUUUUAUAUAUAUAUAGUCAUUAGAUAAGAAAUGGGGCUGUGUUUUUCGAAUGACAUAACAAGGCUGCCGCUAGGUUACCAUGGCUGUCUCCAAGAGGAAUAAUAGCAUUUGAGCAAAACAUUGUUUUGUUUUUUGUUGUUUGUUUUUUUCUUUUUGUUUGUGUUUAACGCUGGAUUAUUUAGCUUUUUUUUUUUUUUUUUGACUGAGCCAAAGUGUAAAAACGAUCUAUAGCAAAACCUAUAUUGUAUGUAAUUUACUGCAGGUACAACAGGCUUCAUAAUGAAAAGGCCCAGUAUUAAAUACUUGCUAUUGCAAAUUUACAACUGAGUGACUUGAAUCAAAUGAAGUCAUUCACUUACAGUAUUUUUAAAUCCAGUCCUUCUUUUUUCCAUUGAUAUGCACACACGUAUCUUCAAAAUUUGUUGGACUUGCAAGGUUUACAUUGUAUGCUGUACUGUUACUAUAGCCAUUUUUUGUAAUAUUAAUUUGGCUGCAUGGGGUGAUGCAUUUCUACUCAAAAAGAGGACAAACCUGGGUAGUUCAAAAGCUGCAUCAGACAACUCAAAAUGAAAAGCAAUCGCAUUUAACGUUAAUUAAGUAUUAAUGGGUCACAGACUUUGAAACCUAGUGCUUCUUUUUUGGUUGGGUCAGAUGGCAAUCCCUCCAGUGACUCCACCCACAGUCGAAAAUGUCGGACUACAAUUCUUUCUUUUAAAAUUAAAAUAAAAAAAGUACAUCUACUGAUUAAAGUUUCAGUAAACUGCAUUAUAAGUGCAGUGGGAAAAUAUGAAGGCCCUGAGAUGAAUACUUUUUUUUGGAACUGUGAAUUUUUUUUAUUAGUAUGUAGUGAAGUAGAAUAUCUAGAGUGGAACAAGUAUGUAACUAUGCUAUUCCAGACUUCUUAUGCAUUCAUUUGAUAUACUUGAGGUUUUACAUUUUUAAAUACAGAUGUGGUUCUUAUAUGCAGUAAACCAUUUAACAGCUAUACAAUUGUAACUAAAGUGUAUAGGUGGUUUUGCACUUUGUAAUUUUUCGUUUCUCUCGCUCUCUCUUUUUAAAUGCCUUCUGUCUACAGGACCCUGUAGUUAGUUCCUUGCAUGUAGAUUUAAAUAAUUCAUUUUAUCCCUACUAUCUCAAAUGGGUCAGGCAUGUAAUACUUGUAGUGAUAAGUAGCCUUAAACUUGCUUUUCUGAAGCCAAUAAUUGCAUGGUUUUGUUUGUUAUUGACAAACUAUUCCACAGCAUAUAUUUGUCUGUACCGGUUACAGACAGUCCUGGGCUGGACCCAUUGAAAAGCCCACUCAAAAUGUCAAUAUAAAACUGUGUAAGAGCCAUUUAAAAAUGUAUUACAUUUUUUUCCACUGAAAAGAACAUUAGAAGAAAUGCUGUGCUUGUAGCAGCCUUAUGUAAAAACUACACUUUCAUACUUCAGUUUCAAUGGUUUUACUUGAAUGUCAUUCUAAGCCACUUUUUUGUACAUGUCAAGGACAAUUAUGUUGUCAGUUUGUGGUGACACCGUGAAGGUUGGUUAACAGGUAAUUUCAUACCGAUUGUGAAUGUGUAAAUGCUUUGGUUAAACAAGUCUGACAAAGCAGUUAUGGGCUCUCCCAGAUUCUACCAUUCUGCUUUCGACUUAGGUCAAACUUUAAUACAUUUAUAGCUUUAAAUGUCUAAUUUAGAGAAAUAUUUGAGAGAACUGAGUAAAAUUGGUAUACACUGUAGAACCUCUGAGAUAUGUAGGCAUUGGGAAUGUAAGUCGUGCAGAACUAAAAUGUUCAUAAUUUUGAAAGUGGUAUGAAAACACCAGUUUUAAGCGUUUGAAUCUUUUCUUUUGAGUCACGUACUUAUUAUUUUGGUCUCAUUAUUUUAAAUUGGCCAUUUUCUUGUCGUCUUUGGUUUAAGUUAAUAACCAAUAGUCAAACCAGCAGCAAUCAGAAUCAUUAGAAUCAUUCUUUUUUUUCUUUGCCAGCUUUCUGUGCUGUUUCUUUUGGUCUUAUGUAGCUUAUUUAUAUGAAGUCUUGUUGAGGUUUCUGUAUUAUAUUAUUUUAGAAUAGUGCUCAGACAUCCCCUUUGUGGUUUUUUUAUUUAAUGGAAAGUGGCUCGUUUGUGUUUGUCUGCAUUUAUGUAUUUGUGAUAAUGCAGAGCUUGGUAAGGUGUAAUUGUGUAUUCUUCUUCCAGGUUCAUACGAUGUUCACUUAACCAGUCAAACUGUAACUCUGAGUUUCAUAUCUCUGAGGUUCUACUGUAAGCAGAUGAUAUACUAUAUCAUCUUAGGCUGUGUUAAGAAAUGGUCUUUAAAUGGGAAAAGAAUUAUGACCAGUUAUUUUUGAAAAAAUGAAGUUCUGUAUAUUUUUCAACAUCAUAUUUUAUCAUUACUGCUCAUGUGUACAGUAUAAUGAGACAAACAAAUGUUGCAUAAAACCCUCUUGCAUGCAAAUCACAUAGCAAAAAUCCCUAUUCUAUAUCAUUCUGCUAUAUAACCCUAAAGGAUGUUUGGCCUAAGACUGCACUGCACCGUAAGCAUUUAUUCAAUUCUAACUGCUAAUAACAAACUGCCUUUCAUUUAUGUUUCUGUUAGCCAUUGCACCAUUUAUUACGACAAAUAUUUUGAGUGUUAUAUAAAUGUACAAAUAAAUUUAUUUCAAAUGACAA